AGGUUCCCCGUCUCCGGGCGAUCCCAUAGGUGGAGACAUGGGCGUGGCCUGUGAAGCCCAGAGAAGACCCAAUGUAACCAGAUACCGGCCGAGGCUGCGGUCACUGCUCGGCGAGGACGUCUUGGCAGAGUACGGGCAGCGCUUCUGGAGCCCUGGCUUCCCUAUUAGUUCUUCUCGGCGUUGUGUGGAACCAGCUGAGGGGGCGCCAUGCUGCCCGAGGAUGGAAGAUUAUCAAGACGUGUCGCUUAGAGAGCAGCUAUUUCACGAAUGGGUCCGGGAAUGCAUAAUCUGCACCUUACUCUUCACUUCUCUCUACCUCCUCUCGUACAUGGUCAUCACCAAGUUCAAGAAACAUGCGGAUUUCACCACGGUUGACGUUGAAGAUGCCGCCGUUAACAGAAUUGCGCUCUGGAUGUGCACCUUCACACUCGCUGUGUCCAUGGGGGCCGUGCUCCUGCUGCCCUUCUCCAUCAUCAGUAAUGAAGUGCUACUCUCUAUGCCGCACAACUACUACAUCCAGUGGCUCAAUGGAUCCCUCAUCCAUGGCCUGUGGAACCUGGUGUUUCUAUUCUCCAAUCUGUCUUUAGUGUUUCUGAUGCCGUUUGCAUAUUUCUUCACGGAAGCAGAAGGAUUUGCAGGAUCAAAAAAGGGAGUCAUGUCCAGAGUAUAUGAAACCUCGGUGGUUCUUCUGCUUCUCACCCUCCUGGUCUUCGGCAUUCUCUGGGUGGCAUCAGCAAUUGUAGAUGAUGAUGCAGCCGGAAGGGAAUCUCUCUAUGAUCUCUGGGAAUACUACCUCCCAUACCUGUACUCGGGCAUCUCUCUCUUUGGUGUACUGCUUCUUUUAUUUUGUACACCAUUAGGACUAUCCCGGAUGUUCUCAGUUACUGGAAAACUGCUUGUCAAACCUCGGCUGCUGGAGAAUUUAGAGGAACACCUGAGCUGUACUGCAUUUGAAGAAGCGGCCAUAUCCCGUAAGAUCUCCACGAAGGCAUCUUGCUGGCUUAACCUGAACAUGGAGGCUCUACAGAAAAGGCUAUUAGCUAUAAAGAGCCACAGAAGAACAUUAGAGAUGAGAAGGAAAGCCUCUCCAUGGCAGCGUAAUUUGGUCUACCCCUUGGCCAUGUUAUUGCUUCUUGCACUCACGGGCAUCACUGUGCUGAUCGUCUGCUUCCACGUCUUAGAACUUCUUAUCGAUGAUGCAGCCAUGCCCAAAGGGAUGCAGGACUCGCGGCUCGGAAAAGUAUCUUUCUCCGUCUUUGGGUCUUUUGGAGCAGCUGUGCAAGUCGUCAUCAUAUUCUACUUGAUGGCCGCGUCUGUUGUUGGGUUUUACAGCUCUCCCUUCUUUAUAAGACUCCUGCCUCAGAAACACAACACAACCAUGACCAAAAUCAUUGGAAACUGUGUGUCCUUGCUUGUUCUCAGCUCUGCUCUGCCAGUCUUCUCCAGAACAUUAGGUAUCACUAAAUUUGACCUUUUGGGUGACUUUGGACGUUUUAACUGGCUGGGAAAUUUUUACCUGAUUUUCCUAUAUAACAUCUUGUUUGCCGGCCUCACCACACUUUGCCUAGUGAAGAAGUUUACCUGGGCCAUGCAAGCUGAGCUUAUCCGUGCAUUUGGACUGGACAGAUUAUCUCUGCCUGUGAACAGAAUUCGUAGUCAAGGAAAAGCCUGACUUAACCUCCAUGGCGUUACCUUUCAAUAUCAAACACCUGGUAUCCAGGUUCUUGGGUCCAUGGAUGGAUCGGACAAUAUCUGCUCAGAUGGUGGUUCUAGCUUUGCCGACCUAAGUAAGGCCAAUUCCUAAAUGGACGUCAUGGGACAGGAACACUGGAUCAGGCGCCAUCUGCUAUGUCCUGGAUUUAUCAGGAUGAAAUUGUUAGCAGUGUCUUGCUGGCUCCUGUUCAAGAUGAAGAUCUGAUGUUUCCAAAUAAUCUGAGCCAGUUCUUGCAGGAGUGAAAUCUCCCCCUUUUUACAUUGCUUGAAUAUGAUUUCUGCUGCUAAAGAGUAGUAAAGGAGAAGAGAUAGACUUGGAUUUAUUUUUAUUUUUAUUAGAUAUCUAAUUUUUUUUUUAUAUAAAUAAGCGUAUGUUUGUUCACGGACCAUAGACUACCUUUGUUUGUAGCAAUAGACUUGGAAGGUUUAUUUUGCAAGAUGAAUUGAAUGCGUUCUACACUAACGCCACCAUCUUGGAUGGAUGACGACCCUUUUAGAUGAAGUCACAAGACUUUGUGAGUCUCUUCGCUCUACUUGUGCCCGUUUACAUGAACUCCACUCCAGCCCAUAGGGGGCGUCUUGUUGCCAUCGCAUCAGCCUCUGGUGUCCUUCAUUAAUAAGAGUUCACCAGGGUAUUAUAAAACCAGUAAACUAAGAGACUCCGCGGACCCUCCUGAUGAGGAGACCGGCUCUUUUAUGUCUUCUGUGUCUUUUUUUUUUUUUACUCCUUCGAGAUUUUUAAGUGUUUUGUAGUGGGGUCCUGUCUGUUCCGGAAUGUGUGUAAUAUGUCGGAGAGCUUGUCUCUCGUGUCUAUAGGAGCAUUAGUGUGAAUAUGUCUCAUGCAGUGUCUUUCUCUGUUUUUAGUUAUGCAAUGCCUUUCUGCAGAUGUUCUAGACUUGAAGUAUUUAUUUUGUGUCUAUGUUCUUGACGCACAGUGACAAAAAAAAAAAUCAUUUAAAAAAAAAAAAAAAAAAAACUUAAAUCAGUCAAGACACCUCUCACCCUGAUAUCAUUCCUAUCAUAUAGUCACCCUAAGACCGCUCUCACACAAGCAUAUUUUGCAUCUGUAUUGCUUUUUGCAGGGGUCAAGUCCUGGGGAAAAAAAUGUGUGGGAACUCGCCCAAGAUUUCCACUCAAGGGCUGAUUCCUGCUAAUAUGAACAGUGUUCCUGCUGUCAAAAAAAGUGCAGGAACUCAGUUCCCAUGCGUUCCUGAAGGACUUUUUUUUGUUUUUUUGUGCCGAUUGUUAUAUGGAGCUCAUGUUAAAGCGUACUUCCGUAUGUGGCUCUGUAGGAUAUGUGUUUAAAGUUUGCACCACCUUCCGCGCUCGAGACUUGCGCAAGGCUUCAGUGAUUUGCUGGCAGUCCCAUUCAAGUUUAUAGGACUUCCGGAAAAUCUGUGCCCUGAUCGCUAAAGCCUUGACACAUUUAAAAACAUAAACCACAAUCGAAUGUACACGUAAAUUUAUGGGGCUCUUUCUGUGGGUGUAUAAAAUGUAUGCACAUUUUUCAAAAACAUAGGAUGUGCUACUUCAGUGUUUCCCAAGCAGUGUGCCUCCAGCUGUUGCAAAACUA